CUCUCACUCCUACCGGCGUCUUUCGUUUGCUUUCGUCCUCGCACCUUCUCUCUUUCUCCAGUCCGACAUCCCACCGUCGUCAAUAUUUUCAUCUGCGAAUGCACAACGUACAACAACGUAACGCAAGUAUAGUAUAAUCGUUCAGCUUCACUUCAGCAUUCAGCAGUCGAGUUUCUGACGUCGCCGGGUUCUCUACACGGACAAGUUUUUAUCUCUCCGCGAAUCAAAUCGCUUUUUUUUCUAAACCAUUUGUUCUCUUACCGAACCGUAAUAUUAUUUAACAUAAGUCGCGCAAUUCAUAUUAAACUCAAACACCUGUUUUUCCCGAUCGGCCGUCAUCCACGUCUUUUAAAAUCUAUUCGAUCUCCUUUUCUGUCUCCCCGCUCCACCUCCUCGCUCCUGCUUCAUUCUGCUAAGAGGGAAAUUUUUGUUUGUAUCACACGUCCGCGGAUAAAUAUCGUUAAAUAUCUCCGUGAAUGAGCGACAAAAUGACUUCGAAAGUCGCCGAUUUCUAUCGUGACAAAAGCGUAUUCAUAACCGGCGGUACUGGUUUCCUUGGUAUCUGUUUAAUUGAGAAAUUAUUGAGAUGCUGUCCAGAUAUAAAAAAUAUUUAUAUGCUCAUGCGACCGAAAAAGGGCAAAGAAAUUGCCGAACGACUCGAAGAAGUUAUCAGUAAUUCGGUAUUCGAAAGGCUAAUAGAAGAGAAAGGCAGAGAAUCUUUCAAAAAAUUGAUUCCCAUAGCCGGCGACGUUGGUCAAGAAAAUCUUGGUCUUUCUUCUACCGAUAGACUCAUUCUUGUCGAACACGUACACGUUGUUUUCCACUCGGCAGCUUCCUUGGAUUUUGAAGCCAGUCUCAAAACGGCAGUCGAUAUUAAUUUGUUGGGGACUCGAAGAGUAGCCCAGCUCAGUCAAGAAAUUAGAAAUCUCCAGGCUCUCGUUCACGUAUCAAGCGCAUACGUCAAUUCGUUCCUCUUAGAUGUCAAAGAACAAAUUUAUCCAGCUCCAAUGAAUGUGGAUGAACUUUUGAAGCUCGUAGAAGAGACGGACGAGGCGGCUCUCAACGCAGCUACGCCUAAAAUUAUAAAAGAUCAUCCGAACGCGUAUACAUUUACAAAGCAUCUGGCUGAACACGAGAUUGUGAAAGCGAAUUUGCGUUCGGCGAUCGUAAGACCUUCCAUGAUAACAGGAUCUUGGAAAGAACCUCUCCCUGGAUGGACAAUCUCAAAAAAUGGACCUCAAGGCUUUCUAAUGGGAGCGAGCCGAGGAGUUGUCCGAAGAUUACCCGCUAAUAAAAAUGUCAUUUACGACUACAUUCCUGUUGAUAUCGUAGUCAAUGCUCUUCUCGUAUCGGCAUAUUUUGUCGCUACCGAAACAAACGCCAGUAUCAAGGUUUACCACUUGACGUCUGGGACGUGCAAUCCAUUCAGUUGGAGCGGCAUCGAUGAUAAAAUUAACUCAUUUUUACAUAAAUAUCCAUUGUGCGGAGCCGUUUGGUAUCCAUAUUUGAAGCUUCUACCCUCAAUAUGGAUGUAUAGACUAUCGGCAUUUUUCGUUCACAUGAUUCCGGCUUAUAUACUCGAUACGAUCACGCGGUUAGCGGGCGGUCGACCAAUAUUGGUUCGUCUCCACACCAACGUUAAUAAUUCUCUGGAUCGUUUGGAAAAAUUCAUCUUCACGGAAUGGAAAUUCCAUAAUCCGCGAACCCUCGAGCUGCACGAAACGUUAUCAAACGAGGACAAACGAAUGUUUACGGUCGACGUUAGACCCAUCGUUUGGAAGGAUUAUUUCAUCGAUCUGACGAAAGGCGUUCGCGUUUAUCUGAGCAAGGAACCACUGAAAAAUCUCGAUAAAGCGCGUUCCAAGGACACCAUGCUGAUGUGGGUACAUCUUGGGUUCCAAGCGGCCCUUUUCGGUUUCAUCUGGUGGAUUUUCAAGGCAUUGCUCGGCUCAACUUGGACAAAUACCGGCAUGGUCGUACCCAUAGCAUAUCUCUUAUUCAGUCAACUUUGUACAAAAAGGAACGUCUUACAAAGAGACCUCGUGUCUACCAAAGAACUCAGCUUACGUUUCAGUAGUGUUCCGCGACAACCGGUCUCUAACUCCAGAAUAAUCAUGGAACCAACAUCAACUAUAUCCGAAUGGUUUCGUGACAAAAAUAUCCUCGUUACCGGAUCAACCGGAUUUAUGGGCAAAGUUUUGCUCGCAAAACUCCUUACCAGUUGUCCGGAUAUUGGGAAAAUAUACUUGCUUGUGAGAGAAAAGAAAGGCGUCGAUCCUAAAACGAGACUCAAUUCUAUCGUUCAGCAAGAACCUUUCAAGGAAGUGCGUGAAAAUUGUCCCGAGCGGCUCAAGAAAUUGCUCGUCAUUUCCGGAGACACUUCGACCGAUGGACUCGGAUUGUCGACCUUGAACAAUGAACUUCUCAUCAAUGUGAUUUCAGUUAUAUUCCACAUGGCUGCUAAUGUCAAGUUCGAUUUGCCGCUCAAGUCAGCUGUGAAUUUCAAUACACGUGGCACGUCCAAUAUACUCGUACUCGCUAAACAGAUGAAAAAACUGGAAGCUUUCAUACACGUUUCAACCGCAUACUGCAAUUGUCACGAAUCCGUUUUGGAGGAACGUGCCUACCCGACUGAAGUAUCGCCCGAGAGCAUUUUAUCAUUGGUACAAACAACGAGUGAUGAUCUAUUGGAAAAAAUGACUCCGGAUUUAAUUGGAAAAGAGCCAAAUACUUAUGCCUUCAGCAAAGUCCUCAGCGAGGAUCUUGUCAGUCGAUCUGGAUUGCCUGUAGGAAUAGCUCGACCCUCUAUAGUUACGGCCUCGUUCAAAGAACCAGUACCGGGGUGGAUAGAAAAUAUGAAUGGACCAACCGGCUUGAUGAUCGGCGCAGGCAAAGGCGUGAUAAGGACUAUGCUCUGCAAUAAAGAACUUUUGGCUGAUUUGAUACCUUGCGAUCUCGUCAUAAACGCGAUAAUCGCGCUUGCAUGGAAAGUUGGAAACGAAAAUUCAAACAAGCCCAUUUUCAUGAAUGUUACCGAAAGUGGCAGAAAUCCUUUGACUUGGGAGAACGCCCUUGAAACUGGAAAAAAGCAUGCCCUCGCAAAUCCAUUUUCAGGCCCACUCUGGUAUCCCGGAGGAAGUUUAACCUCGAACAAAUUUUAUCACCAUCUUCGGGUUCUUUUGUUUCACCUUCUUCCUGCAUAUUUUCUGGAUACGAUAUUGGUAUUGAUGGCGCAAAAACCCUUUCUAGUAAGAAUUCAGACUAAGGUGACUGCGGGUCUCGAACUCCUCGUGUACUACACAACGAAGCAAUGGGAUUUCCGGAACAAUUGUUUACUGGAAUUGGAAAAGCAAAUGAGUCCGGAGGAUCGGGAUACUUUUUUCACGGACUCGAGAAACAUCGAUUGGGACGAAUAUAUGAAAAUGUACAUUUUGGGUACGCGGAAAUUUUGUCUUAAGGAUGAUCCGUCGACGUUGCCGCAAGCGAGAAAAGUUUUCCAAUAUCUUCGUAUCGCUGAUUUCUUUGUAAAAAUGGUGUUUAUUGGCUCGAUCGCCUGGUUCGGUUAUUCAUGGUUGAGUCAAUUGAGAAUACCCACAAGACAAUUGGUCGGUGUCAAUGAAUUUUGAUUUGAAUCGUCCGUCACUCGUUAUUGAAAGAUAAGGAAAAAACAAAAGUGUUAUAUGGAAAAUACGAGCAGAAUGUAUAUUCCUAGAAUUGAAUGUGGAACAGUUCUCAGUUGUCUCAAAGUCAUAGGGAAAAUGUGCAAUUCGAUCGUAAACGCGUGAUAAGGUCUUUCGUCGAGGGUUCAUUCAACGAUUAAAUCUACUCAUCGUGCUUCGUAGCUGCUAUAUUCACGAUUACUAAAUAUGAAUUUGGCUCAUUGCAUAUGUGCCUCAAAAUGCUCAAAACAUUUACCUACUACUAUUGCAUUAUCCUUAAUUUGUAUUUUUAUGUAAACAUAAAAUAUUCUUAUUUUUCCAA